AUGUCGGGCAUUGAGUAUGUUAUUGAUGGAGAUGUUGUGUUGAAUACAUCAGAAUGCAUUAUAGUUGAUCAACAACAACAGUAUAGCCACCGAAACCCUUACCUACUACUUAGUCCGAGUGGACUUUCCAAAAUCCAAGCCAAAUAUGGUUCACAAUUAGCACCAACACAAAUUGAAUUUGAAGAAGAAUCAGAGGAAACAUCUCAGCUAUAUACAAAUGCACGUGAACCUAGUGAGCAUAAUCCGCAUUAUAAUCAACAACAGCAGCAGCAACAACAACAGCAACAACAACAGCAUCACAACCACCAGUACUUACAUCCAACUCAGGAUGAAGUUAUGGAAAGACUAGUAUCAACGUCGAAAUGGUUAUUUUUCUUUACUUUAAAAGUUGGAGUUGCAGCAUACAUUCUAGGAUUCAGGCCGAACCAACACAUGAAAAAUAAUUGGAUCAGGUACUUGAUACUAUUUAUUGUUGGCUUCCAUAUGUAUGUAAUGUUUGCUCCGAACUUGGCUGGUUUCGCACAAGUGAGAUUCACCUAUAUGAAUAACUUACAAGACAAGAUAGUGCAAACCGUUGUGCAUAGAGUAAGAGAUGAUCAAUAUGUAAUUACCGAUAGACCACGUUGGGUUAUGGCAAUAUAUGAUAAUUUUGAUAAAAUAUGGAAGGAUCUUGCUAUUUAUGUGUUGACGCUAAUACCAUCAAUGCAAUCGAAAAUAAAUGAGGCAAAGGAAGAAGCUAAGCGCGCCGAAUUGGGCGAGCUAGAGGAGAUAGUGCUCAGAUUGUAUUACUCAGAUCCGAACCCACUCAAAAAUAUUGAACAAGCUUUAGAGGAGAUUGAGCAUUUAGGUGAUGGAGAAGUCGACGGCGACGAGCAAGAAAUUUCAAACUCUGAGAUUAGAGAGUUGAAAUUUGAUUUGUUGGUUGAAUACUAUCAGCUCAUAAAAGAUAUGAAUAGUAAAGAUGUAUAG